CGCUGCGUGACCCGGAAGUCCUGUGUUUCCGCGUGUCGCGUCACUCGCGUGUCGUGUUUGUCAGCUAGCUGCUACUUAUAUAAACAACCCUUUAUUAAAAUAUGAAACACUUGACAGGCGAGUGACAAUAACCACGCGCUGUAUGAGUAAUGAGACGGUAUUCGUGUGUUUAUGCUUGUAAACUGCAGGAAAGAAAGUGUUUGGGAAACGCUGCUGUUUACAUGCAUACAAACUGAACAUUUUAUUGUGAAAGGACGCGUUGUAUUUGUUGCUCUGGACGGACCAUCCGUAAAUAAUCUGCUUCAUCUCUUAGUGAGUUUCAUUCCUUUGUUCAAGCCUUGAUGAAAGUCAUAUGAUCAGUACAUCCUGGAACGGGUUUAGUGAGCCCUUCAGUGCUGUUUGCAGUGUUGGGGAUGUGACCCUCUCUCUCAUUAUGGUCUCAACCACUCAUGUGAUAAUGACUGUCCAUCCCGUCCUGGUCCUGCUGCCCAUUCUGGGGCUCCUUGUGCUUCCAUGUGCACCCUUGCCAUUGAUGAAUGUCCUCAGGAUAGUGGCUAAUGGGACUGUGGACAAACCCGGGGAAUGUGAUCUAAAAUAUUGUCCUAAAGAUGAAGUCUGUUGGAAGGCUGUUGUUAAUACAACACAAUCUCUGUGUUUUCUGAUCAGCUGCCCGAAUAAUACCCAGAAUUUUUCUUGUGAAAAUUUCACAAAUUUCAACGACCUGUUGGCGGAACUUGGUGUGAUCACAAAUGACUCUAUCCAUGUGAGCAAAAAUCAGAUUGAUAAAUCAGCGCUUCCCCAUCAGUCUGCUGGCAACAACUCUUCACCUAAUGUAACACAGCAUUUGGCAACUGAACCUAACGUCUCGAUCUCCAGGACUUCCACUACCACAGAUCCGGCCACUUUACAAAUCAACUUAACGACUAUAUUGACCACCAACCUGCAGACAUCCCCAACAAAGAAAGCCUCCACAAAACCAGCGAUCACCACAACCACUCUGACAACACCAGCCGAGACAUCCACCACCACAACUACACCUAAACCAACCAUAACCAGCCCUAAACCCUUUCCAACAACUACCAGCACAACCACAACAGUUGCACAAACCAUAAUUCCAAAACAACCGCCUUCACAAUCACCAUCAGGGACCAAUAUGUCUGCCAGCAUCUCACCAUCAGUGCCUACAACACCUUCAUUCACUCCUUCCAUAAAACCGAUCCAAACUUCUGCAGCAUCAUCAGAAGAGAACAAGCCAUCACAGACCAUGCCAAAAACCUCAUUGAGCCCCUCAGUAGUGGUGUCUGCACUGGCUAAGGACAUUCCCAAAGGGGACCAACCCAUGAUUGAGGUGGCCGGAGACCCUUUGACCAGCCACCUGUUGAACACAAGCUCCUUGUUGGCCGUUCUUCUGUUUGGCCUCCUCUUCUUCGUGGUCACGGUGGCGCUGUUUCUCAAACAAGCAUACGAGAGUUACAAGCGGAAGGACUACACUCAGGUCGACUAUCUCAUCAAUGGAAUGUACUCCGAUUCGGGGGUCUGACCGGGAUUGUGUGGUUUACAUUUCUGUAUAUUUCCAUUUUCAAAGGUUGGUAGCAGAUUGACUUUGCUUUGAGACCCCUUGGUAGCAUUCAAACGCUCGAUCCCUGUACGACUUCUAGAUACGAGAUGGUGCUCGAGCCAGUUGGUAUGAUGUGUAUCUAUUGUUUCUAUGCAGAUUUAGCUUCCACGUAAUUCUUGGCACAUGGGGCUGAAGCCUUAGUAUUAACAUAGCCCUCAACCUUCGUUCAACGAAUGUCAUUAUAAGGGAUUCAUAGUGCAAUACAUGGAAAUGUUUUGUCUAAUCUGUCAUGUCCAGUGUUUCAUCUGCAGCUGAUGAGUUGGCUGCAGUAAUUGCCUUUUUUAUGUUUGUGGGAACGGUUCAGGAACAUUCAAAGAAUUGUUUUAUGAAUUAAUGCCUUUUUGUUUUGUGUGUGUGUGUGGAAUAAAUGCCAAAUCAAGGAUUGUGGCACAGAAGCACAUUAUUGUAAAGCCAAGGGAAUAACUCAGCCAUUGUGUAUUUAGUGUCUGGAACAAAGAACAGAUCAGAGGAAGGGAUGAAAUAUGAUAGUUUGAUAUGUGCCAAAUUGAUUUUGUAAGUCUUAAUAGCUGCACUGUUAAAAAGAUAUAUAAUAAAGAAAAAACUCACUUUG